GCAUGAGCCACUGUAUGCGCUGUUUACCGCAGAAGAAGAUGCUAACCAGAAACGUUGCCAGAUUAAAGACAUGUUACCUGAAUUUAAUAUAUAACCCAAGGUUUUUAUCGACUCUGAAAAGAUAAAAUAAGAUAAAAAAAAAGCUAUAAUGGCGAGCGAGGAGGCGCUGAAGUCUGUCAUGUUUACGCUAAGCUACAUGCUAAUGAAGCGGCGCAGGGACAUAAACAAUGCAGAGACACAGAGACGGCGUGAAGUUCAGCGGCGGGUCAGACACAGGCAAUACUUCCUACAGAGACAGAGGAGGAUGCUUAUGAUGCUGCUAGCUCAAGGUACACGCCCCAUCACUGUAGCUCGCACUCGUGCUUGGUCCAACACGCCAAGCUCUGAUUGGUGGGAGCGAGUGGUCCUGACAGAAUUCCAGCCCUCUGAUUGGCUGGAGCGCUUCCGUAUGAGCAAAGAGACCUUCUUUCACCUUUGCAACAAGCUGAAGCCCUGGUUAGCACGACAGGACACGUGUCUGCGCCCUGCUCUACCCCUUGAGAAGAGGGUGGCCUUGGUACUGUGGCGCCUGGCCUCAAACGUCGAGUACCGCACCAUUGGGGAGCUGUUUGGAGUGGGACGCUCAACUGUGUGCAAGUGCGUGCGUGAGGUGUGCCAUGCCAUUGGAGCCACGCUGCGCCCACUCUACCUCCGUGAGCCGAGUGAACAGGAGCUGGAAGACGCCGCACGCCUGUUUAGCACUCGCUGGGGCUUUCCGCACUGCGUUGGCGCCGUCAGCAGCCUCCACGUGCCCAUCAUUGCACCAGCCACUGAUGCUGAUAGCUACUGGAACAGCCGUGGUUGGCAUUCGGUCAUUACCCAAGGUGCAGUUAAUGGUCUCGGGCAAUUCUGGGAUGUGUGUGCAGGCUUCCCAGGUGGCUCCGAACCCGCAUCCAUUCUGCAAAACUCCUCUCUGUGGACUCUGGGGUGUGAAGGCAGGCUACUACCCCAGUCUCUACCUCGAAACUUCAUGGGCAAGCAGUUGGGGUCUGUAGUCCUGGGGGAUGCUGGGUAUCCUCUUCAGACCUGGUUACUGAAAGCUUACGACAAGUCAGACAAUCUCACGGCUGGGCAGCGUGCGUUCAACCGGCGCCUGGAGAGAGCACAUGCCAUCGUGGACGAGGCAUUCCUGAGGCUCAGGGCACGCUGGCAGUGCCUUUUAAAGAGGAACGAUUGCCACGUAGACGGGGUGCCAGCCAUGAUCGUGGCAUGCUGCGUGUUGCACAAUAUGUGCGAGGUGCACGGCGAUGAGUUGGCAGAGGAGUGGCUGGAGGCAGCGAGGCGGGAGGAGAGCCCCAUGCCCACUCACAUGGUGCCUGUCUUGGAUGACGAUCCAGCCGGGGAGGAAGUGCGAGAACUUUACUGUCAGUAUUUCCUACAGCAGGAGCAUCAGCAGAACCAGCAAGAGCAACAAGACUGAAGCAGGGUCUCUACCAACUUGUAUGAAUUCGCUGUUUUGUGAACGCUAGAGAUUUGCAGCAUUUAGGAGAUGCUCUUAUCCAGAGAGACUUACAGAAGUGCGUUGGUACAACAGCGUGAUGAGGCUGAACUUUAUAAGGUUGAACCCCAUAUGUUGUUGUUGUUGUUGUUGUUGUUUUCUUGAAAGUUCGCAUUUUCAGAAUUUAGAUUUGCUGUACUGUGAAUAUUUCUUAGUGCAAGAGAUUGGUAAAGACCGACUAGAGCAACAAGACUGAAAAGGGAUUUCAUUCCAUCGCUUUUUAUGCCAAGUUUAAAUUUGUGCGUAAGAAACAUUAAUAGAAACAGCAUACGUACUAAAAAAGCCCAAAAAUCACACUUACAUUGACUUUUUUCACAGUUUCACUACAGCCUACUGUGGUGUUCUUCAUAAUAUUUAAUUGAAGGGACAAACAUUUACAUUAUAAUUCACAUUAAAAUAAACAAGUCAUGAUAAUAGGAACAUUAUCUAAUAAAGCAUAUUAACAAAUAUAAUUUGCUUUUGUAGGUCACUAUCAAUAGUAGCAUUUUGAUAGCAUUUCACUCGGGUCCCCGUGGUUUGUGUCGUGGCAGCUGUGCUUAUGGGGAUUUAGAUUAAUAGUGGCUCUGAGUCCAGAUUCAACAAUGUAGAAGAUUAUAUUGUUGCCAUUUAUAUUUUGUGGGUUUGAAUAAAGAAAUAUACUUCAAAUUGAAAAUUA